UCUCUCUCUCUCUCUCUCUUUCACGUGCAUUCAAACACACACCCACCUUGGCCUUUGCCAAGCCAUCAGUGAAGAGCGCUUUAUCAUUGGAACACGUUGUCGGGGCCCGCUUGUCCACCAACGGGGAAGUCGUGUCUCAGCCGCCGACACUUUGACCGAGGGGGUCGAAAGUUGACCUGCCACGUGCAUGGCGCAGUCGCCCACACCACCUCCCCGGUCGGUGAUGCUCUGACUCACCGCACGAUCGGGUCGUUAAGAGAGAGAGAGAGAGAGAGAAGAAGGCUUCCCUACUGACCUUCGAUCGGCGGAGCAUCGUUGGACGAACAGGAGGUGAUGGCGCCGAGCGGCGGCGGGGGACUCAUUGACCAGAAGCAAUUCGAGCGGCAGAUGGGUUGCAUGGCCGGCUUCCUCCACCUCUUGGACAGCCACCAGAUCCUCCCGCGGAAGCGCUUCCCUCCAUCCCGGGCCGCCGGAUCCACCUUGCCGUUGGAGAGAUCGGAUGCUUCCAAGGAGAAGGAGAGGCAGCGCCGGUCCCCGAGCGUCGUCGCACGGCUAAUGGGGCUCGACGCACUUCCGGACGUCGCUGCCGCCGGCCGCGCGGAGCUACUCCGGUCCGUCUCUGAGUCUCGUGUUGUUAGUGAUCCAGCGGACUGCCCGUUCCUCGACGGGGGCUCGUUCCCGAAAUCCAAAUCGCAGGCGAGGAGGCCCCUCCUUCCUGCGCUCCAGAGGAAGAGCUUCUUCGACACGGCGGGCGUCUUCACGGAGCCGAAGAGGUGGGAAUCGCUCCCUGUUGAAUCCGGGAAGCGGCGCCUGAUGCGAGGGAUGGACGAGGCGGCGAGGAAUUUGAAGACGCUGAAGCAGAUCCUGGAGGCGUUCCAGCUGCAGGGGGUCCUGCACUCCAAACCGUCGGAUCACCAGAUCAACGACCGCAGCGACCACCUACACGACGACCGCUACAGGUGCUCCCACAACUCGAGGAACGUCGUCAUCGAACCCGCUUCCACUCCGCCCCAGAGGCCGCCGAGCGGACCCCGCCCGCCGCUACCACCCGGGCCCGGUGUCACUCGCCGGAACCCCAAAGUGGAGUCAGCAACUCGUCCCGUCCGGUGCUAUCGGAGGGCCGAUCGGACUCCUACAGGAAGCCAUGAACCGGAGAACUGGGCUACGAGCUCGACGGCGAAGCAGAGGUCCUCAAUUGCGUUGGCGUCCGGUAAGAGUUCGUCACCUCGAAGGCGGAUCUCGGCCGUGAAUCCAACGAAAAUCACUCCGAAUCAAAUUGGGCAAAGUCCAGUUAUCGGGCGACUGCUGCCAAAUCAGCGGCCAAAGCAAGAGGUCAUCUUCAAGCGGAAAACACGCUCACUGGCGGAGGACGAUACCUCCGGCACCACCCACUCUCCGUUGCCCGUCGAUAGAUCGCCGGAGGACUGCAGGGCGGGGUGGCAGCUGUUGGAGCGGUGCGACCGGUUGCUGCAAAGCAUCACAGCUUUCACUGUGACGGAGCAGGUUGCGGCCACGGCAGAGCAGCAGCCGUGUCCUGUCUCGGUCAUCAAUUCUCCCCUCCUUGGCGAGGAGAGCUCCCCGUGCUCUCCGGUCUCCAAGCGCUCCGACAACUCCCAAGGAGAUCAAUUGACCGAGCGCGAAGACGACGCCAUUGCAUCGUACAGCGGACGCGGUCGGGAGGCGCCGGAGGAGGAGGUCGACGAUGCCGACUACGUGUACGUGGCGGAGAUUCUCCGCGCCACGGGAAGCCACGCCGACACGACCGAUGCGUACGACUUGCUCGAGAAGCGCAGCAGCGGAUCGCCCGAAUGCUCGAAGGACACGCGGCUCCGCCGCCUCCUCGUGUUCGACGCCGUGGCAGAGAUCCUCGACCGGAAACGCUGCCUGUCGCCCCCUCCCUGGGAGUCAUUCGUGCUUCCAGGAUCUCUCUCCACGGUCGCUCCCGGCGGCGCCGCCCAUCUACUGCCGGAGGUGUGGGCUGAGCUACGACGGGCGGGGCGGCAGGCAAUGGCCGGCGACCUCAGCAGCGUCACGUGCUGGGCCGUGCGCAGGGACCUAUUCGUGGAAACCCUAGACGUCUGGGCCCGGCCCGCCGCCGAGGUGGCCGACGCCGUCUUCCAAAUCGAACGCCAGAUAUUUAAGGACCUCGUCUCCGCCACAAUUAGCGACCUCGCCAACGCUAUGCCCCGCGCCAUUCGUUCCCGCAGCAAGCGGCUCUUCUAAAUCAGCGUGCUUGCAUCGCAAUCGAACGGAUCAUACCCCGAUCAUGAUCCUCGUCCCAUUUUGGCGGCCGUGAUUUCUCCGUAAACGGUUCAGGAACUGCAGCUGUCCGAGCUUUGACUUUUGUUUCCCUGACAAAGUAUUAACAUACAUACACCAAACCGUUUUGACCCAAAACAAAGCCCAUGGGCCUCAGACAUUGAGGACUUGGCGGCGCCCACACGAUCGUGCCGCGCCGGCGCCGACAUGAAGGCGCUUAGCUUUCUACGUCGAGGCCAUGCAUACUAACGUAACAAGAACACCUCCAUCUACUAACACUGAUCGGUUCGGACCCAAAAUGAUACCCCCUUGAUGAAGUUUCUGGGCCCAUGCCGUUGUGCCGCUCUGGCACCGACGUGGAUUUGCUUCUGUCUACGUCUCCUCUGUAUUAACGAAUCUGGAUGAUGAAGGAAAGCUUUGGAAAAGCCAAGAUUUCCCAGGUUGUUUCGCGUCUCUCGCGCCCUCUCGAUUCUUGAUCGCGGAAGGAUCAGAGUACCCUCGGGUCAUGUCUCUCGAUUCCUCCUCCGAUUCGCCAUCGCCAGGUUGGAUCCUGUUGCCCUCUUCGUUCGGACAAGCCUGGUAUUUUCUUUCCUUUGUUUGAUCUGUUAGUUCAUCCCCUGAUCUCGAUCCCAUGGAUUAGGGUUUCAAAAUUUUCUUUUAUUGGACUUAACUAUUUAA